UAACACCAGUGGCCUUCAAAAUGGAUUUAGAAGAUGAUACCACCGUGUUAACAACUUUGAAGUCCUUUAAUACCUUCAUCAGUCGACCUGAACGUCCACAGCGUCUGUCGGACCUUUCGGCAGGGAGUGGGUUCCUGCAGAGUCAGUACAAAUGCAGCAUGGAGUUGUUAGAAGCAGCAGAGAGGGUUAACACUCAGCACCGAUACCUACAAUUAGAYCAAGAGAAGAAACAGAUGGAGCUGAGUCACAAACGAGCUCGUUUUGAACUAGAGAAAGCGGCCUCUGACAGUGCACGAGACCUGGAGCAUGAAGUGGAUCGGAACCAAGAACUUUUUGGACAAAUAAGAAAGUUGGAGGAGAGGGAGACCGAAGCGACAAAAACCUUGUCAGAGCAGGUGGAGGCCAACCAGGUGCUCCGUAAGAACCUGGAAGGUCUUAACAAGAAACUGGAGGAGCAAGAUACUAAACUGAAUGCAGCCAACCAGACCAUCACGUCUUUGAAGGAUGAGAUCAGAGAGCUGAAGCAGAAGAUUCAGAACCAAGACUCGACCGUUUCUGCCCAAACACUGGAAAACCAGGAACUGCAGGAGCAGCUUGAUUUACAGCGCAGGAAGUAUCAGGAAGUCUCUCAACUUUACCAAAGUCUCCAGGCUACUCACUCUGCCUGCUCAGAGCAUGUGAUCAAGAUUAAGGACUUGGAGAGGCGCCUGGCCCUUCAGGAACAAGACAUGGUGAUUGUGAAGAGUGUGAAGUCAGAGGUGGCCAAAGUUCCAGAUAUGGAGAAAGAAAUAAAGUUCCUCAGAGAUGACAAUACUUUCCUCAGGCAGAGUAGAGAGAACUGCAGCCUGUUGAAGGAGGAGGUGGAGGGAUUAAGGAAGAAAUUGGAGAGGAUGGCAAAAACGAAAGAAGAACUGGUCAAUAUGGAACUGGAGAAAGAGAGGCUUGCUGAGAAGCUACAGGCCUGGGAGAACCUUGGACAAUCUACUGGACUCAACAUAAGGAAACCAGAGGAUCUGUCCAGGGAGGUGAUUCAGAUCCAGCAGAGAGAAAUAGCUCUGAAAGAGCAGAACUACACACUCAGCAGCCGGAGCGGGAUGGUAUGCGGGCCAUAUUGGAGUCCUAUGACAAUGAACUGGCAUCUACUGAAUACUCUCCUCAACUCGGCAAACGGCUUAGAGAGGCAGAGGACAUACUGCAGAAGACUCAGAACUACAACACGGAGAUGGAGGCCCAGCUGACCAAAGCCCAAGAGGAAACAGGAUCCCUCAAACUACAGCUACAAAGAGUGGAACUGGAGCUGGAGACUAUUAAGAAGCAACAAGCUUCAGCUGCUGACAGCUUCUCUUUAGUGACCAAAGAAGAGGCCAACAUACUCAGACAGAAAAUUGAAGAUUUAGAGCAGGAGCGACAGAGUUUGGAGGAAAAGAAUAACAUUCUGGAGAUGAGACUGGAGAGACACAACCUGCAGGGAGACUAUGAUCCACUCAAGACUCGAGUUAUUCACCUGAGAAUGAACCCCACCUCAGCUGCUAAGCAACAGCGCCAGCAGGAAUUGGAGUCUCUUCAGGAGGAAGUGACACGGCUCAGGGAACUUGUGCGGUCCUUGCAAGGAGGCAUCACGGUGGGCCUUUCACAUGAUGACUCCUGUAUGAAAAAUCCAAGCCUCAGCCUCAGUUUACCUCCAUCAAAGGAAGUACUGGAUUUACGCAAGCAAAUGGAGAGCUCAGAGCUGAGGAACCAGAGACUUAAGGAGGUGUUUCAAAAGAAAAUUCAAGAGUUUCGCACAGUUUGUUACAUCCUGACUGGUUACCAGAUAGAUAUAACAACAGAGAACCAGUACAGGCUCACCUCUGUCUACGCAGAACACAUGGACGACUCCUUGCUCUUCAAAAAGAGCUCCAAUGGAACCAUGCAACUGAUGGAAACAGAUUUCUCCAAAACUCUGGGAGAGAUGGUGGCUCUGCAUCUGCAUCACCAGAAGAGCAUCCCAGCCUUCCUCUCUGCUGUGACCCUUGACCUCUUCAGCCGACAAACCACAGUUUGAAGUUCUUUGUCAUCUACAACACUGGUGGAAGGAUAUAACCUAGUUUUAAGUGUUUUUGUUGUUCUUCCUCUUUUUAAAAAGUCAAAUAUUUUACAGCUCUGACAUCUAAAUAACGUGCUGUAAUCAAGGUUAAACACAUUUCUGGAUAAAGUACUUAAACAUUUUGUUAUCUCAUCUGUGUCACCUUUGAUGUUUUCAUCAAAGGAUACUUGAGAUUUAUUUGUACAAAAUGUUAUUUUUAUUAUUAUUAUUUUUUUAAUUUUUCAUUUUGCAAGUCUGGAAUACAUUUACCUUCAAACAUAGUAUUUACUGUGCGAGCAACAAAAAUACUUGUGUGGUUCUGUUUUUUUAUUUGAUUUUUUUUAAUCCAAGUUUUUGUUAAUUUUUCUUUUAUGGGGUCUUAUAAACAAUACAUAUAUACAGAAGUUGUUUUUAUGUUCCUAGCUACAUUUAUCAGAAAUUCCAAUACGAACGGAUGUAAAAAUUGCCAUCCUCUCUGCCACCACAUUUAAAAUUCAUGCYGCUGUUUGAAUGUGAAAGGGAGAAGGAAAAAAAAAACAAUAUUUAAUCUGUCCCAAACCUGCCAAAUUUAAGGUUUGCAGUAUUUAAUCAGAGUCAUUUGCUUCAACAGGAAAUGUUUGUUUGGUUGUGUUUUCACCAAAGCUGCUCUCAGUAAGCAGCUUUUUUUUUUWAAUUUUGCUUGUACUUUCUCAAAAUGGUAAGAAGAAAAUUGUAAACAUAAUUAAAGUCAAAUUAUUUGAAAACCUGUUAAGUUGUUAUGGAAAAAGCGAGUAAGACUUUUUGUUUUUUAAAUGCAACGGCUUUGCUCAGAGUUAAUCACAGUAAAGAAGUGAAUAACUGUGCUGAACCAUGGCAUCAUUUGUAAUAUGUUUUUUUUUAAAGUUAGCCUCGUCUCAUCUUAAUUCAAAUUCAAAAAUACUUUAUUGAUCCCAGAGGGAAAUUAGGUAAGAUUAUUAAGAUUCUAGAUUUGAUAUCCCCUUUUCAAACACAACCAGUGUGCUGUUUAGAUUUUCCCCUAGAGCCUGUGUAGGUUUUUACUGGAGUCGUUUUAGAUCCUGUCCACUUUUCACCAGAUAUUUUUAGAAACUGAGAUUUGCACCUGACUACAUGUAAACAAACAGCUUUUAAGUGAGAAAAACGUUUUAAAAUAAACUUGAAUCCAAAGUGUUCAUUACCUCCA